GCUGAAGCGGCCAUUUACGAAAAAUAUUUUAUCAACAAGUUUGUUUUUCAUGGUUUUCAGGCUGUGUGCUCACGCUGAUGAUCCCCUAUCUAAUUAGUUUUUGCAUCUUGAAGUAAGGCCACAUCGUGUGCAGGAAGAAGAAGAAUGGCAAGUGACAUUUAUGUUGACAUGGUCAAUGACAUGUUAAGUCAGCUUCAUGUCAACAGACAUCUGAAGAGCUUCAGGGAGAUUAAUAGUGCAGUUCUUGUCAUCUUGUAUGAAGGACUCUGUGGAGAGGAUCUGCCUGAUAUUAUCAGGAAGCCAAAAUCAAAAGAAGAUCAGAUCCACAACUGCCAGUCUGUUAUCAAUGCUCUCUCCCUGGAUGUGCUGCACACCUCCUUGUCUCACAUCAGUGGUGAGGAAGUUGCUAACGGUGACAGGAUGGCCAUCGCAAGCCUCCUUGAGAUAUUUACAAGUCUCAUGGAGUACAUAUUGAACCGGAUAGAAAGUGAUGUUUCAGAUACCGAUAGUGAAGGUGGCGAACAAGGUGAAGAAGAGAACUACGAUCCUGAUCGAGUGACGCCAGAAGUUAUCGAUGACAUCUUGUCAAGAGAACUUGGGAAAGGUUACACAGAUGUCACUCAGGAGCCAGCAGCAGCAUCUAGGCCUCUUAACCCCCCUGCGAUUACUAUUGAACAGUUGAAUAGCCCCCCUGUCCGAGGUCCCAAGAGGAGUGUUGAUGCAGUGAGGAGGUUGGCUGGAGAAGGUGGAUCUGAUUCAUCAGAGCCAAGCGAGCCACAGAAGAAUUACAGAGAUUACUACUUGGAUGGGACAGGCGAUUCUACAGCUGAGCUAAUCAGGGAGAGUGAGGAGAUUGAGAAGAAACUUAAAGAACAAGAGGAGGCCCUGAAAGCUGCCCAAGCCAUCCGAGAUGCAAGAGACUCCAGAGAUGAUCUCGAUCUCACCUCAUCUGUCUCCCUGCCUGGGAAUAUCACCCCAGACAAGAGCGAUCACAAGUUUCUAGAUGUUGGCGUGCGUCCUCGUGCCCUAGAUACCCAGAGUGUGUCUGAUGGCAGCCAGGAUGGCAAACCUCCUCAGCAGACGUUUACACAUCAUUUGUAUCAUCAUUUUGAUUCAGGUGCCCAUCCAAAACAAUAUUCUUCAUCACUUCCCUAUCCAUCAACAUCUGCGGACGAUAACCUCAAAAACCGGUACAAGUCCGGACCUGCAUUUUCUCGAGACCUGCAAUAUGAUGGUCUUUCGCGAAGUAUUGAUCUUCCAACGUCGUCAUCGGCUGCUGUUGGAAGAGCAGUUGAUCGUCCUCGAAGUGUUCCUCUUGACAGUAAGGUGCGCCCUUCAACUAGUCGAGAAGGAUCCAGGAGUGUCUCACCCAGUAAGACACGUUCGUAUGAAAGUUUGAUGUCUCUGACGCAGGAGACUGCUGCCAUGUCGCGCCAUGCCAUUGAGGAAAGCCCAGUCAGACAGAGAGAGGAUCGUGAAGCUGUCUUAUCAGCUGCUAUCAAGUCAACCCUGAAAAAGAUACAAAAUGAGGCCAAUGAAAUGGAUACAUUAGCGAAGACUCUCCCAGUGUCGACACGGAGGAAAGAGGCUGGGGAGAAGUUGAGUAAGAGCUUGGGGAUUGACCGGCAGAAGAGGGAGAGCCCCACCAAGUGCAGGGAAACAAAGGGCAAGGCUAGAGACUAUCCAAAAUCCACAGCAUUUGUUUCAUCUCGUACCAAGAGGCAGCAGACGAAUGACAAGGAGUUAUUGAGGGAUGUUGAAAAUUACCCAGCGUAUAGAAAAUACUUGCAGGAGUAUAAGGAUAGUCGGGGGGAACUAAGUGAUGAUGAACUCUCACAGCACAGUGACACGGCAGUUGAUUAUGAUAGACACGUCAGAUCCAAAGAGAAUGGGAAUCCCUGGGAAUAUGACUUGAACAGAGAUUUAGCCAAGUCUUAUGCACAUUCAAGAAAGGUGCAUUUUGGAGACUGGAUGAAUACGACUGGGCCUGAAAGUCUUGCUGCUGUCAGAAAGAAGAUCGAGAGAGAGAACAGAAAGCAGGAGUCCAGAACAGAUCUUUUGAAUAGAAUGUUUGAACGUGAAUAUGUGGAUAUUGAGGAUGAAGAGAAAUCAAGAUUGGCAAAACCAAAGAAAAAAGCUGCAGAAACAGAAGCUAAGUUCAAGAAAGCAGUGUCCAAGCCUAAAGUAGGCAAGCCAAAGAAGAGGUCCGCACCCCUGAGUCCGUCUGCUCGUGCCCGAGGAGCACGAGGUUUCAUUAGGGACAGAAAGCGUAGCACUUCAGCUAGUCCACCGAGGAUGAAGAGAAGAACGCAAUUAUGUAUAAAAGACAACGACAUCCUGCCGAUGUUGCUGGAGGAGUUCCCCUACCUGUACCUGUCAUCUGAGACACUCCAUGAUCUGUGGAGGAAGAGCUUCCAUCAGAUCGAGCAGCUGUCCAAGGUCGAGCAGGAGACGAAGAGCAGGAAGGGACGCGCGCAGACGCAGCUCGAGGAGGCCGAGAAACGACAAGAUAUACUCACCGAGAUCAUGAGGAAAGAACUCGCUCACAAUCAGAGACUGCGGGAUCAACGUGAUCGAGACACCCAGCAGCGUUCAAUCAAGAAUAAGUUACAAGAGAAACGUCUGCAGUCGACAAGGAUCAGAAAGUAUUAUGAAGAGUAUCAGCUGAGAAUGCGGGCGAAGAUGUUGAAAAAGAGGACUCGGGAAGAAUUGGUUUUCAAACGAUUGUUCAAGGAAGGCUUAGACAUUCAACGUGAACGCAUCCGAGAGUUGCGCAAGUACGCCAAGGAUCAGAAAGCCAAACGAGCCGAGGUGCAACAAAAUGAGAUUGAGUCACUGGAGAACUUCUAUCGAGACCAGUUUUCCCUACUUGCCGACUCGAUGAGCAAAGAAAGAGAUGAUUUGAAAGUCAAGGAGAAUGCUCAGGCAAAGGUUCUUGAACAAAUGAAGAAAGAACUUCGCAAGAAGAUGGAACGUGAAAUAGGAGAUUUACAACAGCAGCUGCAGCGAGACGAGGAUGAUGUAUACUGGCGCCAUCUCGACGCUGAACGACUCAAACAUGAACUCUUUAUGGCUAAAUACAAGACUACAAUAUAAACAUUGCAUUGCAGAGUGUGGCAAGUACAUAACUUUUGUAGUUGUACACCUGAACUUGAAGGACUGAUGCCGAUAGUGACUUUUACUGACUUUUGCAAAUAACCUCAGUGUGUGAAACAAUUUUUCACUUAAAAAGCUGAAAUAGAUUUCAAUUUCUCUGAUGUUGUGUCUUCAUCCUACUGACACACACGCCGUAUCAUGCAUUCACUGAUUCUCGGAUGAAACGGCUCGAAUUUCUAAAAGUUUGUUUUUUAUCGAAAGUCAUCAGUCCUUGAUGUUUCACUGCAUGCUGCACAGAAAUGUUUGUAAACUGCAUUAUCCUGUUGCGGCUAUACAAACCGCACAUGUUCUACAACCGAUCCUAGUUGCAUGGAGUUUUCAACUGCACGUCAAACAUGCUCCUGACCAUUUCGGCCCAUUUCACUUUAUACACGAUGCAUACUUGCUCCCUUUGCGUAAGGAUGGCAUUGCAUUGGAGGCCCUGUUUGAAAGAGGAUGGUCAAAGAUGGUGCUUAACUUGAUGUGGAGAGCGAAAAGAAUAUUUGCAUGUUUUUGGAAGAUUUAAUUUUUUCCAGCAACAUUGAUGAUAUUGUCUUUAAUUGUUCACUAUUGUACAAACUAAUGGCAGUGCUGAUGAUUUGUCGAAUAUGGGUAGUCCCUAUAACAAAUUGUAGUCUUCUAUUUAGUUUGGGAAAAGCACCUGGUGCGGUAAUAUACCCCGAUGUAGCUCAGUUUACAGCCUUUUGAAAAGAAGGAAGUUGUCUGUAAAGAGUAAGAAAUACAAUUCUUUAUUCCUUGCAGGAUCUUGGAAAUAUAAUCUUGUGAUCUUGACAUUAAACUUAAUCGGAGAAUUGUCCAUGUAUGCUUGGCAUUAUAUGAAAUUUGUACUGCUUGACUACGCUAGACAUAAAUUAUUUUUUGUUUGCCUUUUAGUUCAGAAUAGCAUUUCAUUCAUUUUGUUGUGUUCUCUUUGCGCUAGUUGCUGCAAGCAGAUUAGUCUCAGUCAAUGAAUGCUUAGUGAGUUUAUGUAAUCUGUGUUGAGGAAUCGCCCGGAGCUGGAUUAAGGCAGGCGAAAAGUGGCUGUCAAUUUGGACAGAGCUUUGUGAAUUUGUCCUUUCCACUACCAUACCAGUACUUUUGUUUAAUCUAGAUAGAUUUAGCUUCCAAGUAACUUUAUUUCACAAAUUGCAGUUUGUUCUUUCUUGAAUUUGGUCAGGUGUGAGAGCUUCUGGCAUUUAAACCAAGAUGUUCAAGAUUUAUUCCUUUUAUAAGUUGUGCGGACGAUGCAUUUGUAAAUUUAUCGUGCCGUUGAUAUUGAGCUGGCUCAAUGAAUGCACUUUAUGUACAUGUUAUAGAUGGCACUAUAUUGUAUAGGUGAGAGUUUAUAGCAGCUUUUCACAAGUUUAU